AACAAUUCAAUCUAUACUCACUGUUUAUCCCUCAGAUUCUUUUUCCACCAGCUCUUUUCUGGGGUUCCAUUUGUAUGUGUAGGUCAUAUCAUUUCUUUGGAUCAAUUGGAUGGGUGUGGUUGGCCGUUGUGCAGUAUAGUACAAUGUUUCUCAGAAUUGAAGGAAGGUCAGUAUCAUCAUCAAUCCAAGGAACUGCUUUAGCAUCCUCAGGGAUGGGCACAGUGCUACCUGAUAGUUCCCUCAAUGAUGCACACCACUCUGUCUCUAGACCAUUGCCUUAUGAUGCUGAUCAGAGAUUCUCUCGUUCGCAACGUGAUGGUUUGGUCUCUAGGCGUGAUAAGUCAAUGACUCAUUUUCAAGAAGAUUCACAACCACUGAGAAGAAAUAUGAGUAGUUCUGGUAUGGAACCAUUGGGUUCUGGGAAGAAAUGGAAUGGAGUUGAUUCUGCAGAAGAGUUCAAACUUGGCCAUUCAGAGUCUUCAGAGAAGGCCUUAACUACAAAAGUUGCACAUGGACUAAUUUAUAUACAACAUUCUUCUGAAGAUGAGGAUGUUUGCCCUACAUGUCUUGACGAAUAUACUCCAGAAAAUCCAAAAAUCACAGCAAAGUGCUCUCAUCAUUUUCACCUUGGUUGUAUAUACGAAUGGAUGGAAAGAAGUGACAGUUGUCCAAUUUGUGGCAAGGAGAUGGAAUUCUGUGAAAGCCCUUGAAGUUUUGCGAGGAGGUUGAUUUCAAAGUAAAAGAGCAAACGUACAAAGCAGCCAAGAAUGUGCAAUAAGUACUGUGCAUAACAGGUUCCCAUGGAGGAAGCUGGUGGUUUAUUUUUAUGGCACUCGUUUGUAUUUUCAUGUAAUGAUAUCCUCCUCCUUACUUGAUAUUUCAAUGCACUUUUGCGUCUCUUUUGUAUAGGAAAAUAUUGGCCAGUGUUCGAUCACAUUAACUGAUUCGUGUAAUUAUAUUUGUCAUGGAAUCAUCUGGAAACACCUAUACCUUUUAUGAAUAUCCCUUGAAUUUGUGUGUACUACCAAUAAAAGUGAACUUGGAUUAUUGUA